GUUAAACGGUAGUCUCAGUAAUGAGGAUGCUUUUGCUGUUGCUAUUGCUGCAAAUCUGAACCCAGAGGAGGCAGAUCUUGGAAGGCCAUUGAGAGAUGAACCUACUGGUUCUACAACGCCUUGUCCGGGAGCAUCUAAGUCGAUGUAUGGAGUUUCGAGUCAGUCGGUUCUGCGUCAACAGGAACAACAUCUGGUCCAGCAGCAUGGCCUUCUUCAAGGAUGUUUGUGUAUCAAACAGGGGCUAAAGAGUUAAUGGUGACUUUCACUGAUUCUGCUGGCAGACGUGAGGAUGGCGUCGACACAGGGGGACCAUGUUGAGAGUAUCUACGUCUGCUGCUGGAGUCCAUCGUCGCCGACAGCAGGCUGCUUCGCGGGGAUGAAAACCAAGGAUUUCUGAUUCGACCCAACAUAUCUGCCUAUUUAAAGAAGCACUUCCGGGUCAUGGGGGUCAUGCUGGCCACCAUCAUUGCUCAAGGUGGACAACCUCCCGCCAUAUUUGCUCCUCCUGUCGUUGAUGCUAUACUGGAUAAAGAUGAGAUGCCGUCUGUGGAUUAUGUGCCCGACACACGGAAGAGAAAAUCUUUAAAAAAGGUGUCGGAAGCUCGAGACGCGACCGAGCUACGGGAGGCUCUAGAGGAGUGUGACUGGAGAUACGACCUGGACGGUAUCCCCUCUUAUGUUACCAUGGCCAGUAGAGAUGAGUUCCUCAAAGGAUGUGUCCAGCAUUUCGUCAUACUGCAGAGCAAGCCAAUGCUUGACCAGCUGAUUGAAGGCUUGCGUCACUGCGGGAUUCUGGAUCUCAUCAGAAGUCACACGUUACGAGAUUUGCUUGAGUAUAAAUCGGAUGUUGAGGUCACGGCCGAAAGGGUUAUGGAUCUGCUGAGACCAGAUGAGCCUUGCCAUAGCGACGAACAACAGAUCCUUGACAACCUAAGCAGAUUCCUACAAGCAGCUGAAAGUGGCAGCUUGUGUGGCGUGCUCAGGGAGAGCCAGCGUUUGACCCGAAGUCAGACCGAGUUUGCGCGGAGAUUAACUCCAGGGAGACUGCUAGCGUUUGUUACCGGAUGUAGUAGGGAACCAGCUGGCGGGUUCGUGCCCAAACCCAGCAUUGUGUUUAACAGAGCCACCUGGCGGCUGCCAUCGGCCUCUACAUGCAGUAACCAGAUCCUGAUCACAGUGCACCAGAACUCGCUGGAGUUCCAUAGCUUUUGUCAAGCGAUGAUGACGUCAAUGAUGAAUGGCGAAAACUUUACAACCGCCUAGGUUUCUUGUUAUCGUCUUUAGUUUUCUCAUGUAAAACUGACUUAAAAGAUUUGUUGUGGUAGAUAUUGCACAAAUAGAGAUUCCUACACGACUGACUCUCACAUACGGUUUAUCAUUCGAGUUGUCUCAAAACGCGAACAUCGUGUUGUAAGAUAAAUCAUAUCUUGAAGGCAUGAAGUAUUACGUUUCUCGUACACCCUUAACUCAAAUGGACAUAUAUGUUGUCUUUUCUUAUUAUUACAGUGGGACGUGUAUACGUGGCACAACGUUCAUUUCACUAUCCUUCUUCUAUGGUGGUUGUAUGCCUCCGCGUGUUGUCGAUAGGAUCACUUUGUUGUAUAAAAGUGGCUUGUCACUCGCCUCACUGUCACAGUUGUAGUAGCCAGUUUGGAUACGGGCGUAAUCCGUCGUAAUUUGACCUUUGGUCAUCACCAUAGAGUAGCCAAUCACAGACAGGCAACCCAUCUCAUACAUAUGCCUGAUGCAAGUCAUAUUUCAUAGGUUCUUCACUCACUCAGUUAGAGACCUUUCCCUACUUUGUAUACUAUUAGCCUCACUAUCCCUUCUUUGUUCACCACUAUCCCUUCUUUGUACUACACUGUCCCUUCUGUGUACACCACUAUCCCUUCUUUGUACACUAGUUUUGGGAUAAGCUAUUUUUGAAGGAACUAAACUUUGACACAAAAUUUGCUCCCAAGCUAACGUGUUUCUGUAUGCUGAUGAAUAUGUACCUUCCUUCACCUUCCUUAGGUGUCUGUGUUUGAAGCCAUGUGUUCUUUCUACGAAGAUUUCCAUUCAAAAAGUGUUUUGUGGUUCUUGCUCAGAUAUCGGAAACGUUCAGUGGACUCUGCUUGUAACAGAAACGUCUCCCUGUGAUAGAAACAGAUUUAUCGAUUCUUAACAUUUAAACUUCAAUAUUGUAUAUUGACAUCUCAUUAUUUCUUGGACUGCAAUCUCAACAUGUGUUUGUUUUAUUUGAUAACGAUACCAAUUAAUUCGUUUACAUUUUUAUCAAAUUUUACCAGUAGCAAUGCAACAUUUACUCAUCUUAGGGCUAAUGGAGUUUUAUGCACACGGCCUGUUGUACGGCGACCGCCGAAAACAUUGUCACCAAAGAGUGAAACUUAACAUAACUGUCCAACCAAUUUCAGAGGUUCGAUUCCUAUUGUCUUAAUAUCCAUUUCGAUAAAAAGCUAUUUAAGGACAUUAUUGAACCAUUGCCUUUUUUAUAAUGUAAUGAAAUUGGGGAUUCGUCUCGCUGAAUCGUGCCAUCGCCUUAGGCAGAGACUUAUGAUCAGGAAUUGUUUGGUCUUUUUUAUUACUUUGUUGAAUGUUUAUAUCUUUGUUUUUAAUAUGUUUACCUUGUUUUGACAGUUAUUCAAUACUCAAACUGAAUGUAGAUACUGUAUACAUCUUAUCGCCUGAAACUGCCAGAGAGAGGGAGCUGAAGUAUAUAUCCUUGCUUCUCAUUCUGAUGAUAUAUAUUGUUCUGAUGAUUAGAUUUUUGUCCCUUGAGACCGGCAACAACUUUUGUUAUGCUAUCCUUGAUGUUAUGAUAUUUUUCACUGCUAACUGUCCAAAUGAGACACCGUGGCACUGUUGUUUUGUUAGUAUACAAGUGUGAUUAAAACCUUCAUUGAUCUUA